CGUCAUAGACGUCUCCAAACGCACAUCAAACUUCCACUGGCGCUCCCGAGGAUGAUCUGAAGGAGGCCUUUCCGAAGUUGCAGACGGUCGGAUUUUGAAAGGAAGAUGACAUUGGAGCCAACGGCAUCUUCUCUUUGGCACAAACCCGCCGUUUAACCUCGUAAUUUAAUUUCCAUCCAGUCCAGCCAUCCCACAGUCUAUUGAAAGGUGAGGAUGGAGCGCGCACCCAGCGCCCCAAGUCCUCCUCCCAAAGCGGCCCAGCACGAACCCAUCAGCUUCGGUAUCGACCAGAUACUCAGUAGCAGUGCUGACUCAGAGACCGGACGGACCAGCAGCAGAUACGGUUCGGAUACAAGCAGUGGAGACGGUUACCGUUUGGGAAGCCCAACUGGAGGGAGCGCUGCCUCCUACACUGCGCUGUCCAUCUCCCUCUCCGGCAUGGUACCACAGUUAGAGGACCCUGGUUUGUACGGAGUGAACUGUAGCCUGGGUAGCAGAGGAGUGAUCCGGGUGCCUGCUCACAGACCGUUGACUACCUCCGGGCCGCCGCACUUGAUGAGCGCUGUACCCGGGUAUGGAGGCCUGUGUUACCCGUGGGUCGGGAAUAGGUUCGCCAAGGAAAGGUUAUCAGCUCUCGUGCCAUUUACGGUGACCAGGCGAAUAGGUCAUCCAUACCAGAACCGCACGCCGCCCAAACGGAAAAAGCCUCGGACAUCGUUCUCCCGUGUGCAGAUUUGUGAGUUGGAGAAGCGCUUCCACCGGCAGAAGUACCUCGCGAGCGCCGAGCGGGCCACCCUUGCCAAGAGCCUGAAGAUGACGGAUGCGCAAGUCAAGACCUGGUUCCAGAACCGACGGACAAAAUGGAGGAGACAGACAGCGGAGGAAAGGGAGGCUGAGCGUCAACAGGCCAAUCGGCUGAUCCUGCAACUGCAGGCCGACGCCCUCCACAAGUCCCUCGGCGAAUCAGCAGGCUCCGACCCACUGUGCUCACAUAACUCCUCCCUGUACGCCCUGCAGAACAUGCAGCCCUGGGCCGAGGAGAGGGAGUAGGAGGAAGUCUUCCCCCAACCGCUGUUCCAGGGUCACACAUUUGUUCAUCUGUCCAAUUGGGGUGAUCUGAUCUGAUCCUAGAUGAUUUGUUGGUGCCAAAAUGGAGGGUAUGGACAGUGUGAUGCCCCUUUGAGAUUGUGGAGAGACUAGGCGUCUGAUAGGACCACACCCUCAACCUGAAUGAAUGACUGCACUGUCGACAUCACACAAGCACCGUUACCAGUUUCCGCAAGUGUUUUUACGCCUAUCUGGCCUUAUGUCACAUUCCACACUGUGUCUCUAUGGCUAAAGACUGAGGUUGUAGACUAAAAUUGACAGGGAAGGAUAGGAGGAGGAGUGUGUGUAAGGUAGAGGGAUAUAUAGAGGGAGGAAUUGGACAGGGGGGCAGAAGGAUGCAUGUCAUGUUGGUAAUGAAACUAAAACAUCCUCUAAUGUUUCAUUUGUGACACAUUUCCUAAUAGGAUGUAAAUGUUUCAUAAUUUGUACUUAGGAUGUAUACAUAUGUAAAUAACGAUAUAAACUCUUCACUUGAGAUCAUUUUGUUUAUGUUUUUUGUGACAUAGAGACAUGAAUGGAAAGCUUUAAUUGCUCACAGCCUCUCCGCCUUGCUAAAGAAGACACUUCAAAAAGGUCACUACUUUCUUUGAAAAGUUUAUUGUUAAAUAUCAUUUUGUACAACAUUUCAAUAUACACUGAUGUGAUUUUUUUCUUCCCCUUUCUGUCUGUCAUUCUCGGUCUGUUAGUCUCACCUCUCUGUGCUUUGCUGAUCAUGAAAUUAAUCUUGAUAUUGUAUAAAAGUAUAGGUGAAGGUAAGGUAAUAGGGGAACUGUGAAAUAAGGGAUUCUGUGUUUUGUUGUCAGUAAGUGUUCACAUUGAUUAGGCUAUUGUCAACACCACCCAUGUCAUGGCUUUCAUUCCUGUAUUCUCAGUGACAAGCUCGCUCUCUCUCUCUCUCUCUCUCUCUCUCUCUCUCUCUCUCUCUCUCUCUC